AAGUUAAUCUAAUCCAAUGUUAAACCAUGAAAAUCUUAAUUCAGUUUGAUUAAGGGUCAGGUUAAUGAAGAUGAUGAUCAUCAUCAGUGGUUAACAGUUAACAACAAUUAAGUAUUUAUAUAUCACUAAAUUAACAACUGAAUCAAUUUUCAUGUGUGUAAGUUUAACUAAUUGUUUUCUUAAUUAUCUUCCAAUCUCUCUCUCUGUGAUUAAUAACAAUAUAUUAAUAUUUCCAAAACAAUUAAUCAAAUCGGAUUAAAAUCGCAAUUUAAUGAAUCUAAUUACACCUUUAAGUUUGUUCAUUUUUACCUUUAAAUUAGGUUCAACUUUCCCUGUGAAUGAUGAUAAACUCAAUCCAUUGGUUGAUGAUGAGUAUCCAAUGGUUAUCAGGAAUGAUAGGAUUUCCGGUCACAGUGGGAGGAUGAGGAUGAUGAUGAUGACUUAUAGUGAUGAUAAUAAGUCACUGGACGAUGAAAUUCAAGUGACCACCACAUCAUCACCAUCACAACCACAACCAGCAACAACAGUAAUCAUAUCCAAUCAGGAUGAGAUUCAAUUAACUUCAACAGAAUCAUCAUUGAUUACUAUUGGUACUGAUGGUGAUUUUAAACUGGGUCAAUCACCAAUUAAUUUUACUGAUAAUGUUAAACCUAAUCAAUAUCAUAAUCAAUUACCUGAUAAUUUAAAUGAUAAUUUAACUAAUGAUCAAUCAUUAAGCCCGUUAAAUGUUACUAAUCAAGUUAUAAAUGAUUUGGAAUCAUCAUCAAAAUCAAUUGAAGUAAAUGAAAUUAAUAAUCAAAAUGUAUCUCCAUCAACAACAGUUUCCUCAACAAUUAAUCAAAUUACAAGCAAGAUUAACUUACCUUCAUCAUCAUCAGCUGAGACCUCGGAUUUACCUGAGAUUAACCUUUCAACCACAACCACAACACAAUCAACAACAACAACAACUCAAUCAUUUCAGGAUAAAGUUAAUUCACUAAUUGAAGAUUCAUUUGCUCAGACAACUAAAUUAUUAAUCGAUCUGGAAGAGCAGAUUAAACUGAAUCAAUUCAGUCAACAAACUGAACCUAAUCUCCUUCCACUCAAUAUAUUCACCUCAGCCCAUGGAUUAGCAUCUUCAUCCUCAUCCUCAUCACCUUCAAUCCCUUUAGCUUAUGCACUUAAAUUGUCAACCUCAAAUUUUUUAUUCCGACCGUUAAUCCGAGGUAGUUCAAUUGUCUCAGGCUCAGUUAAUUUUCACCAUAAUGAUGAUUUAAAAUCAUUAACUGAUCCAGAUAAUCUUAACCUUGGUUCAGUUAACUAUGAGACAAUUGAUGAAAAUGGUAAUCCAGAUAAUCCUAAUAGCAUAAUUAACCAUAAUAAUCCCCAUUGGUACGGUAAUCAGAAACAAAGUGGAAUCCAAAUGCAAUCAAUGAUUGAUGAAGUAACAAGAAUCGAGCAAAAUGUUGAGGUUCUCAUAUCAGAGUUGGUCUCGAAUCGCCGUUACGUUACAGCGGCCGUUUUCCGUUCAUUACUUAACUACCUAAGACGAUUAAGGAUAAGCCUUGAACGAUUGCAAAGUCGUAUGGCCAUUAUUGGAGUGGGAAAUUCACCUCAGGGGUCAUCACUGGGCGGAAGUAUCUCCAGUGGAAUAUCAUCUUCCGUCUCCUCCAUUGCCUCAUCAGUUUCGUCAACUUUCCUACCCGAACAAGCUUCCGGUCCACUAGGUGGUUCUUCCGGUGGCUUUAAUCCGAUCACCAGUGGUUCAGCAAUCGCUUCAACUUAUAUUGAAUCAAUUCGAGUUCGAAUGAAUCGAAUAACCGAAGAAAUUAGAACCUUAAUCACUCGAAUGAGAUCAUCAUUCUCUUCAACUUCUUCUUCUUCCUCUUCAUCACCAACACUCUCAUCAUCUUUAUCACCUUUACCAUCAUUAGAUCAAUUUCCACCCUUGAAAACAACAACAACAACAACAACAACUACAACGAAAUCACCUUUAGCAUCCUCAUCAUCAAUCUUAGGUUCAUCCAGUAGAAAGUCAAUCUAUUACUUUAAAUGAAUGGUGACAAUUAACUCAAUCACCAUCAUCACCUACCACUAAUUAACUUAUUAACUUUUAUUUAAUAACUUUUAUCCCAACGAUAAGCAAAAAUUGAAGAAACUGAUUAACACAAUUAACUUAUUAUUAUCAUUUACAUUAUAAUCCAAGUCUCUUACUAAAUUAGUAAUAUAAUCAUAUAAAUAUAUUAUUAUUAUUAUUAUUAUAAAUAAAGUCAAAAAUAAAAGGUCAACAACUGACAAUCAAUUAACUUAUA